UUGAGAAAUAAUAUAUUCACACGCUUUCUAGUGGUUUAAUUUCCAACCAAGGCUAAACUAGUUAAAAUGCCGUAUAGCUGUACUACCGUUAGUGGUUUUUUUGAUUUUGUGCUUUUGUUACAGUUUGAAGGUUUAUAUGAUAUUCUUACUGAAAAAAACAUGGAAAAAUCUGAUGAAAAUAUAGAAACCAUUAUGGAUGUAGAUUCAUUCGAAGAUCAUGAUUCAUUGCUAUAUAGUGGUUAUGAUAAUACUAGUGAAACUAAUUUUCAAUAUCCUGUGGAUAAUGAAUCACUAAUGAUAAUUGAAGACGACGAUGAUUCAGUGGGUGAUAUGAGUAAUAGUGAUAUUGUAGAUGAGAGAAAACAGUUGAAUGUACCUACUUCAAUUAAAUUGUUAGAGCAAAAAUAUACUGUAAGUGAUGAUUUUCAAGAUGAUUCUGAAAAUGAUUCAGACCCAGAAAUAUAUGAGCAGUUGGUUUCAAUAAAUAAAAAUACUAUUAAAAAUAUAAACUCAAUAACAAAACAAGAAGUAAAUGAUUCUUUAAAUGUAAAGAAAUUAUUUAUUCCAAAAAAUGACUCUUCUUUUGCCAAAUUAAAUCCUUCGGUAAAAUCUAAUCGAAUUAGAUUAGCAUCUGAAGCUUCAUUUAACAGGCAAAAUACUACAACAGAUUUAAAACCAGAGUCGUCGAAUAAUAGUUUUUACAAACUUACAUCUUCAAAAAGUUUAAAAUCAAAUGUUUUAAUAAUUCCACAUAAUGGUAUGAGCUACAUGAUAACCAAUAGUACAUCUAAAAAAAAUCCAUCGAUGAAAUCUAGUUAUAAUUUACCAUCUACAUUAAAAGCACCAAGUAUUGUAGUUACACCAAAUGAACAAAAUAAACAAUUUACAGUUAUAUCAUCGACAGCUAUAUCAAGUGGUGAAAAAAAAGAAGAGUCUAACUUUAUAGAUCGGAUAGAACAACAAACUGGUGAAAAAAAUAAAAUGGUACCAGAUCAAGAACAGGUACCUAUUAAUUUAAAAAGUGUAUUCAAACAAACCACUAAUUAUACUAAACAAAAAAAGGCAACAAAUCCUACUCCAAAUGGACAUAAAGUUGGUGAUUUUUUUCGUCUAGGAAAUUCAUAUAAAUUGGCCAAUAAUCAGGAAACUAGAAAUGUUCAACAUAAAAUAGUACCUACACCUGUUAAGUCUUCUUGGAGUAAAAUGUCUAAAACAAUUGAUUUAACCGUCGAAAGUAAAACUAAAAAGUGUAUUCCUCACACUGUUACAAGUAAAGAAUUAAUAGAAAAGAAUGUAAGGUUUUUUGUUAAAAACGGUAAUGCUUAUCGUAAAAAAAAAAAUCUUACAACAACCGGGAUUAUUGAUCUAUCAUCAGAUAGUCCACCAUUAAGUUCUACUAGCUAUGAUAAAAUUACUAAAAAUGAUAAUAAAACAAUUCAUUCACCAUCUUCAAACUCUCAAUGCAAAUCGAAAGCAAAAAUGAACCACUUUGAAAUGCUAAAAAAUAGUGGUGAUAAUUCAAAUGGAUCUAGUGAUGAAAUAUUAGAAUCAAAUUCUAGUAAAACUGAAACAUCAAAGAAUUUAAAUACAAAAAGAACAGUUGAAAAAAAUUUGAAUAAAAAUAAAGUAAUAUUGCCUGAAGAAAUUAUUAAUUUAAGUGAUCUAAGCGAUUCUUCCAAUGAAGAAAAUGACGAUACAUCUGAUCAGUUUAUUUCUUGCAAAUAUGAAUAUUGUGAUACAUUAGUAUAUGAACCUGAAUUGAUUGAUGAUUUAUAUUGUAGUUUAACAUGUAAAAAUUUAGAUAUGAAAAAAAUACUAACUUAUGAAAAAAAUAUUAUCAAUAAAACUACAAAUUUAUCAAAAACAUCUACAGUUAAUAGAAAACAUUUAUUAACAAAAUUAGAAAAUAGAAUAAAUAAGAGGAAACAAUUGCUGACAACUUCUUGUUCAGAGGAUUCGGUUAAAGAAAAUGAUGAUUUUGAUGAACAAUUGAUAAAUUUUUUUAAUAAACCAUCAAUAGAAGAAAAUAAAUCUCCUUCAGAAUUAUCUUUACCAAUUAAUUCUCCAAAAGCAAUAGAUAAUGAUGAUGAUGAAGAUGAUGAUGAUGAUGAUGAUGAUGAUGAUGAUGAUGAUGAUGACUAUUUUGAUCUUAAACCUUUUAUAGAAGACAAAGAUGUAUUAAAAUAUAUGGUUGAAAUGCAAUUGAAAUCUGCUCCUAAAAAAUUAUUUGAUAGACCUUUUCCAUCUGAGAAGAACUUAUUUGUAGUAGGACAAAAACUUGAAGGUAUUGAUCCCAAACAUGAAGCAUUAUUCUGUGUAAUGACUGUAUCAGAAGUUUGUGGAUAUCGCAUUAAAUUACAUUUUGAUGGUUAUCCAGAUGACUAUGAUUUUUGGGUAAAUGCAGAUUGUCCAAAUUUAUUUCAUCCAGGGUGGUGUAAAAUGAAUUCACGGAUUCUACAACCACCAAAUAAUUAUGGAAAUGAAUUUAAUUGGAUUAGUUAUCUUAGAGAGUGUCAGGCUUUACCAGCUCCAAAACGCAAUUUUUUUUCUACUAUAAAUAUCAAUAAUAAUGAAAAUCAACAUAAAUUUCGUAUCGGAGAUAAAUUAGAAGCAUUAGAUAAAUUAACUCGUACACUUCCAAAACAAUUAAUAUGUGUUGCCACUAUUGCUGAUACCUUGGGUAAUCGUAUUCGUAUUCAUUUUGAUGGAUGGUCAGAUGAUUUUGAUUAUUGGACGGAUAUUACAUCAACUAAUAUACAUCCAAUAUGGUGGUGUGAUAACAAUGGUCGAAUUUUGUCUCCGCCAAGUGGUUAUAACGACAUGAAAGGAAGAAACCCCUUUAAUUGGACUGUAUACUUAAAAGAAACAAAUAGUAAUCCUGUACCUGAAGAUGCAUUUGUCCGCAGACCAUUACGAGACUUUUCUAAUAAAAUGAUGAUUGAGGUUAUUGAUCUUGUUGUUCCAAAAUUAUUAAGAAUUGCUAGGGUAGUAGAUGUCAGAGGUGAUGAACUAAAAAUUGUUUAUGAUGGAUUUGAUGAUAAUUAUGCAUACUGGGUUGAAGACGAUAGUCCAGAUAUUCAUCCUGUUGGAUGGUCAGCAAAGACUAACCAUCCGAUUGAACUACCUCCAGCACCUAAUACACUUUGGAAUUGCAAUAUCCGUGGUUGUAGAGGUUAUGGAAAUUCUUCAAAUAGAUUGAAAAACGAUCAUGUUGAAUUAAAAGAUUGCCCAUAUGAAAUGGAUUCAUGGAAAACAGCUGUAGCUGGGUUGGCUAAGAUGUCUGAUCGAUUAAAAGCUAGUAAUGUUUCAAUAUCUACAACAUUGAAAAAUUCAAAAUCUAAAAACAAUAGACAUCAUAAUGAUGAAAAUAAAGAAAAAAACAGAAUGAAUAUAGAAAAUAAAAAUUUGUUUAAGAUCAAAGAAAAAAUAAAUGAAAGAAGAUUAAAUCUUAUGUUAGACACAAAUAAUAUUGAACCAGAAUGUGAUUCUGAUAGUAAAACUUCAUUUCAUAAUAACAUUCCAAGUAGCAAUGACAAAAAGUUGCGCAAGGCACUUGGUUUGUCUCUUGUGGGAUAUAAUUUAGGCUCAGUUUUUAUGGAACCACAACGCAAUUAUUGGACCAGACAUAAUGCUCAACUAGGUAUACCAUUAUUCAAUACUACUGAUGCAAGAAAAUGGUCUAUUCAAGAAGUGGCUUCAUAUGUUAAAAAAGUGGUUGCAACGUAUACUUCAAUAAGUCCUAAUACCAAUGAAGAAAUCAGUAUAUCUGAUCGGUUCAUUGAUCAAGAAAUCGAUGGCGAGUCAUUUCUAAUGUUAAAUCAAGAUGAUAUAAUGAAUAUAUUAAAAGUUCCAUUUGGUCAUGCAUUGAAAAUAACUAAUGCCAUUAUACUAUUAAGACAACGAACCUCUGGAUUUGAUUUAUUUGACUUUCCUCAACUUUAAAAUAUUGACUUUGACUAAUAAUUUGAAAUUAUAAUUCAUGCCUCAA